UAUGGCUCAUUGGAUGAAGUAUAUCAUACUGCUGGCAGUUCUGACCAGCGUCUGUCGAGGUCAGGACUGUUGUUGUGAUGACACCAACAACGCUGUCUGCGGGGACGACGGCAACACCUACACCAACGAAUGUUUCCUCUCCUGUGCCGGUGCGACGAAGGUAUCCGACGGAGAAUGUGCCAAGGUCUGUGCCUGUACAAAACUCCUUUUACCAGUCUGCGGCAGUGAUGGCGUGACUUAUGGCAACCAAUGCCUCAUGGAUUGUCAAGGUGUGACGAAGGAAUCCGACGGAGAAUGUCCCAAGGUUUGCACCUGUCCAAAACAGCUUUCACAUGUCUGCGGCAGUGAUGGCGUGACUUAUGACAACGAAUGCCAGCUGGAGUGUCAAGGUGCGACGAAGGAAUCCGACGGAGAAUGCCCGACGCUUUGUGCAUGUCCUGUUGUCCUUUCACGUGUCUGCGGCAGUGAUGGCGUGACUUAUGACAACGAAUGCCAGCUGGAUUGUCAAGGUGCGACGAGGGUGUCCGACGGCGAAUGUCCCAAGGUUUGUCUCUGUCCACUUAUCUUUGCACCUAUCUGCGGCAGUGAUGGCGUGACUUAUGACAACGAAUGCCAGCUGGAGUGCCAAGGUGCGACGAAGGAAUCCGACGGAGAAUGCCCGACGCUUUGUGCAUGUCCUGUUGUCCUUUCACGUGUCUGCGGCAGUGAUGGCGUGACUUAUGACAACGAAUGCCAGCUGGAUUGUCAAGGUGCGACGAGGGUGUCCGACGGCGAAUGUCCCAAGGUUUGUCUCUGUCCACUUAUCUUUGCACCUAUCUGCGGCAGUGAUGGCGUGACUUAUGACAACGAAUGCCAGCUGGAGUGCCAAGGUACGACGAAGGAAUCCGACGGAGAAUGUCCGAAGGUUUGUGCCUGUACAAAAGACCAUGCACCUGUCUGUGGCAGUGAUGACGUGACUUAUGACAACCUCUGCCAGCUGCAGUGUCAAAGUGGAGUCACCAUAGUCGGACUUGGGCACUGUGGAUGAACGUGAUUGAGAAAAGCUGCAAAUAUUCUUGGGGUUUUUUGGGUUUUUUAAAUGGUUAUUUUCAAAGUAUCACCAAUGUAUCAUAAACUCUGAUUACAAAUACUGGUUUUAGAAAUAAUCAAUAACUUACUGUUACUCCACUUAAUCAAUAGUUCAAUAAACCUUAUAUCAAAACG